AUCUGGAAUUUUCUUAUUUCCACGCGGUUUUAAAAGGGGGAAAAUGAUGUAGCUUCAUGUGCUCGCCAGAGCCGCACAGGUCUUCGUCUGUAUGUCGUCCGUUUCUCUCUCGUUGUUCCUCUAUAGCUCCCAGCUGAAGUCCUAGAGAGAGAGAGUGAGAGAGAGAGAGAGAGAGAGAGAGAGAAGAUGGGAAGGGCUCCCUGUUGCUCUAAGGAGGGUUUAAACAGAGGUCCAUGGACUGCUAAGGAAGACGCAUUGCUCAUGAAGUAUAUUCAAACUCAUGGUGAAGGCCAUUGGAGAUCUCUGCCUAAAGAAGCUGGGCUUCUUAGAUGUGGAAAGAGCUGUAGGUUGAGAUGGAUGAAUUAUUUAAAGCCAGACAUCAAGAGAGGUAACAUCACCCCCGAUGAGGAUGACCUUAUCAUCAGGCUGCAUUCCCUUCUUGGCAACCGAUGGUCUCUCAUCGCAGGAAGGCUUCCGGGUCGAACCGAUAAUGAGAUAAAGAAUUACUGGAACACCCAUCUCAGCAAAAGGCUCAGAAGCCAGGGAACCGACCCAAAUACUCACAAAAAGUUGUCGGGUCGGGGUGAAGAACCCAAGAAGAGAAAAAACAGAAAGAGCCCGAAUACUAAGAAUAAGAGCAGCAAGGAAAAUAGCAAAGGUCAGGUAGAAGCAGGGACACCCGUCAAGGUCCAUCUCCCAAAGCCUAUUCGGGUCACCCGGGUCUCGAUGUCCAGGAACAAUAGUUUCGAUAGCUGCAACACAGUAGCAGAAGAGGGAGGAUUCAGUGGAAUGACGGUGGAUGAGAGUCCGUGUUUUUCUCAUUUAAAAGACGCAGAUCGUGAUGAUGGGGUUGGUUGUUGUCUCCCGGGUGAUCGUGAUCGAGUGGAUGAUCUUCUUACAAUGAACGGCUCAGAUUUUGAAUGCCAGUGCCAGUUCCCAACAGCAGGCAACACCCUGGAGAAGCUGUACGAGGAGUACCUGCAGCUGUUGAACACAGAGGAGGAUCAAUUGGCCCAGUUAGACUCCUUCGCUGAAUCCUUAUUGCUGUGAUGAUCAGCCUGACGGGGAAUGGUAGAUGCAUUGGUAUUUUGGCUUUUCAAGUUUCAUCACAUGCCUACCUUCCAACAUAGUUGGAAGCAUUAUGUUCUAUGUAUAAUAAUAAUAAUAAUUUAUUAUUAUUUUUCUGAUAA